AUGGGCCUUUUGGAUCAGCUCCCGGCAGUAGAGACAUCUGAAAUCACCGCGGGACUGAAUAUGGAGCAGCUCGAACUUGAGCUCCAGUGGAUCAUGCAUACGCAUAAACUACUUGCUCGCAGUGAAGAAACUCGCAAGGUCUGGGAACUAGUGGUGUUGCAAGAGGCUUUAAAGGCACCUUUCUUGAUGCAUGGGAUCUUAGGGUUGUCCGCACUGCAUCUAUCAAGGCUUCACGAGCCUCAAAGGCAUUCCAAAUGGCUGACCGUGGCAGUUUCACACAAAAACAUUGCUUUGUCCAUGUUCUCUGAGCAGCUUUCCAACAUCGACCAUUCUAACAUCAAAGCAAUGAUGAGCUUUGCUGGUUUGGUGGUAGCAUUUGGACUAGGGAGUGCCCUCACCCCUGGAGCUACGGAUGGCCCAACUCUCAACUCUCUAAUUGAAAUUUUUACUCUCGCGCGUGGAGUCCAGGCAGUCGCCAACAAAGAGCUUCAAUUCCUACUCCAGAGCAAUUUUGCGCCUCUUUUCAACAUAAUUCAACCGGAAGUCUCUUUCCCGUAUCAUAUUAUUGCUGUUUUUGAUCGUCUCCAUGAAACCAAUGCUCAAUGUGGCCAACAAUCCGUUCAUCACAAUGUUGUGGUCUAUGAGCAAGUGAUCAAAUUUCUACUGGAACUUGCGGCUUUCACCUUAAUGGAGCCGACCUCAAUGACUCUUGCCGCUGGGUGGGCCAUUCGCGUCCCAGCGGAGUAUCUCAGUGAUCUGGACAACAGAGUACCCUUUUCCCUCGUAAUACUAGCGCAUUACUGUGGGCUCUUGCACAUGGCCCGCGACAACUGGUGCGUGGGUUCUUGGGGCUCUAUUGUUUUAGAAGAGAUCAAACAGUCUUUAGCCCCUGACUGGCAGUCCCAUAUCGAGUGGCCAAAAGAGCUCGUCGCAAAGCUACCAACCGAGUCUACUGACGGGCCUUGA